CUGCUGAGGCAUCACUACUAUCAGUAUGUAAAAUACCCAACACUCCCCUUUAAGCAUAUAAAUUCCUUGAUUAAAUUUAAAUAACAAGCCAAAUAAAAUUAAAUAGAAAAAUUUUAAAAUAUUUUUAGUCACAAAAAGAAUCUGAAGAAUGCUCCCAAAAACGCGGACCUUCGACAAGACUUCGCUCACGAAAAUGUGCAACGAUGAAAGAUUCAAAAAGAAAGUCCCCAAGCCCUUCGAACAAUGAACUUGAAGAUUCAGAUAAAAAUACAAAUUUAAAUGAAAAAAUUGACAAAGACGGAAAAGAUAAAGAAAUUGAAGUCAAAAAUUCUGAUAAUUUAAAUUCAAAUAAGGUUUUAUUAUUAUUUGAAAUUAAUUUCUCUUUUAUUAAAAUUAAAGAAAAUAGGGACACUCAAAGCUCAAUCAUCUGGAGGAAACCGUAG